AUGGAUCAAUCAAUGACUCUUAUCGAUGCACAAGUGCACUUCCUAGAGGAAUGUAUUGUACUGGUACACAUCCCAUUGGAGCUGUAUCCAUACUUCCUGAAGUCUGUUCUAAGACUCAUCUUCGAUGAAAUUCCACCAUUGGAAGACGAGACAGACGACGAUGCUGCAUUUGAUGAUUUUGAAAACGCUUCUGAGCAUGGCUCGGCGUACAAACCACCUGCAUUCAUGAAUGUCUCCAUCACUCCAGUCGAAGUCUCCGUCAUGUGUCCUAGACGGUUGGUCGACAAAUACUUCGUCCCAGUCAUGGACCAACUCGACCAGUUGGAUGACUCACUCCGAUCCCGUCUGAUCGUGAGCGAGAAUGACUAUAUCGCCAUGCAAGUCCUCGGCCAAGGCCUUGAGGCCGGCAAGCGAGUUUUGGAAUUGACCAGUCCACUUGCUCUGGCAGGCAUCUCCAUCUUCUUCAUCUCAACCUACUUCUCGGACUACAUCGUAGUCCCCAAGCAAAGCAAAGCAAGUGUGAUAUCCGCGCUAGAAAAAAGAGGCUUCCAAUUCAACAACGCCUCAGCCGCCUUCAUCACCAGCCCGCUGAGCCCAACCAUCGAAAGAAGACUCAGCGACCUCAUCCCACCAGGAACACCCCCACCGUCGACCCUAGGCGAACUCCAAAGCCGCACCUUCAACAACCUCCGCAAACACCAAAUCACCCCAUCCGUAGACGACUCCCUCCGUCUAGUCCAAUGCGCCGCCCACCACGAAUACCACACCCAAGACUCCUCAAUGUCCAUCCUCCGCGACGCCCUAACAACAGUCCUCCUGGUCGACGAACCCCGCUUCCUCUCCCUAACACUCGCAGCCCUCGACCCAGCAGCUUCCCUCCUCCUAGAGAAACGUCUCCUCCCCCGCUUCGCACGCCAAUCAACCUCCUCAACAGGAACACGCUCCUACGAAGAUGGCUCAGGUCUCCUCCUCGGCUCAAAGGAAGACCAUCUCAUCCCCAUCACCCUCGACCUCCGCGACCUACCCCUCGAAGCAUCGGGUAUCGUCUGCGGCGUCGCCGGCCGUCUUGCAGAAGCAGCGACGACGCCGCACGCACUCAGCGCGGAUACGAGCACGGUAGGCAGUGGUGCUAGUAGUGUUAUUGGUUCUGUGCCGAGACUGUUCGAUUCGUUCGGGACUCGUCUCGCGGCGCUCUCUAUCGAUAAAUCACCCGCUCAUGGAUUGCAGCCCUUGCCGCACUCCACACAUCAUCUCCAGCCUGAUGUGGAUGUUGCUGAUGCGGUUGAGAUUAGUUUCUUGAGUACGGCGCGUGCGGGCACGAUUAUUGUGGGUGAGGAUGAGCUUAAGAGGGCUAUUGAUGCCCUUGAAGAGGAGAAAAUGCAGUCGCCUAGGCUUGAGGGGAUUCGGUUGGAAUCGCAGACACCGCCUGAUAGUCCGCAGUGGCGGGGGUGA